AAUACUUUCCUCCCAAUCUUGAACAGUUUAACUGUAUACAAACUCUAAGAGAAGAAGUAAAGAUAAAUCUGAAGCAAGUUGAAUUGGAUGCAAAGCCUGUUCGAGGAAAGACAACGAAAGUAUUCUGGGAGUUAACCUCAAACUCAGGGAAUAAAUUAAAAUAUAUACAAGAAGAAGGUUCAAUUUAUAUACAGAAAUCAGGCAAGUACUACAUAUCAUCUCAGCUGACAACAAGAGUUGAAAAUAGCACCAUGGCUUUUAACCAGGAGGACCAGAAAGUUAGGCAUGUUGUGCACUUGAUUCCAUUCAAAAAGGGUACCGAGCGAGUUCUGCUUGAACACGUCAAAUCUAUGUGUGAAAUGACUGGCGAGUAUGCAGACUGGACAAGUAAUAUAGGAGCAGUCUAUCACCUUGAUGACCAUGACAGAAUUUAUGUGACAACAUCUCAUCCCUACAACAUUGUGUCUGGUUCGGGAAGUAAUUUCUUUAGUAUUCACGAAAUAUAG